AUGAAGUUUUUCGUCGUUGGUGUUGCGGCAGAUCAGUAUGAACGUUCUCUCCAGCCACUGUUCGUUGAUCACAUUCUCCACGAACUGGAGGUCAAACAGAAGCUUGGCGCGGUCCAUUUGGGAAGUGCUAAUCUUGCCAAACUGGAUGUUACUUGUCCAGCAAUUGAUCAGAAGCUCGGCGGUGGGGAUAUCGUAAUUGAUGAUGGAGUUGAGACACAGGUCGUAGACAAAGUUGUACGCUUCAAACCCACCGGUACCGAUCUUAUCCACGACAAAGUUGAGAUUGAACAAGAUCGACAUGAUCUUUCUGCUGAAAGUCGGCAUGAGCUGUUGUGCCAGUGGUUGGCUAUUUAUGUGGACAAAUCUGGAAAGCACGCUUUCAAACAGCAUCACCUGAGCAAACAGAAGGGUCCGCAGUAG